AUGGGGAGCACUUGGAGGAUUUGCGUUUGUUUGUACUGCUGCUUGUCCUGGCUCUCUGCGGGCACCCAGCGCUCCCCUCGCUCCAGGGGCCGGGGGGACUCUGAGGAUGCCCCUGGGUUUUUGGCAGCUCCCGAGGAUGCUGCCAGGCAGCUGAGCGCGGUGCUGCAGCUGCCGCAGGGUGCGGGAGCAGCCCAUGCCCUGCUGCCCCCGCUGCUCAGGGUGCUGCGCGACCGCGGCCCCCGGGGCUGGCAGAGCGAGGAGCCGCGGCUGCAGCCGGACUCUAGGGCGCUGCGGUACAUGAAGAGGCUGUACAGGAUGUCUGCCACCAGGGAUGGCAUCCCCAAGGAGCAGCGGGGCCGCCUCUAUAACACGGUGCGGCUCUUCACGCCGUGCUGGGAAUGCGAGCACCGCCAUCUGUUUCCUUUCCCAGGAGAUGUUCACUCGGUGGAUUUACUCUUCAACUUGGAUCGUGUUACUGCUCUGGAGCACUUACUCAAGUCUGUCUUGCUCUAUUCCUUUGACACAUCUGUUCCCAUUUCCUCUUCCAUUACUUGCAUAUGCCAUUUAUCCCUUAAGGAAUAUGAUUUUUCCAGCCAAGUUUGUCCUGGCAUUUCCCACUCUCUAGCUUUUAGCCUGCACUUUGACGUUGGGAAACGCAAAUGGGUGGAGAUGGAUGUGACUUCUUUCCUCCAGCCCCUGAUUGCUACGAACAGGAGGAAUGUCCAUAUGGCUCUGAACUUCACUUGUCUGAUGGGUGACCCACAACGGAGCACGGGACUGGAAAAUGCUGUUAAUGUGACACUGGUUCCCCCUUCCCUUCUGCUGUAUCUGAACGACACCAGUGAGCAGGCUUAUCACCGGGGGAGCUCACUGGGGCCCGGCAGGAAAAGCAGCAGCCCGCUUGUGGCUCCUCCGAAGGGUGACAGAGGACAAGGCAAUCCCCGGGGCAAAAGGGCCUCUCGCCAGCGAAGGAACAAGAACCCGGCCUCAGCCGCUUCUCCUCAUAACCUGGGCGAGUACCUGAAGCAGUUUGCGUCCCCUCAGCACGAGUGCGAGCUGCACAACUUUCGCCUGAGCUUCAGCCAGCUGCACUGGGACCGCUGGAUCAUCGCCCCGCACAGGUACAGCCCGCAGUUCUGCCGGGGGGACUGUCCCCGCGCCCUGGGCCACCGCUACGGCUCCCCGGUGCACACCAUGGUGCAGACCCUCAUCUACGAGCGGCUGGACCCCUCGGUGCCGCGGCCCUCGUGCGUGCCGGCCGCCUACAGCCCGCUCAGCGUGCUGACCAUCGAGCCCGAUGGUUCCAUUGCCUACAAGGAGUAUGAGGACAUGAUCGCCACCAAGUGCACCUGCCGGUAG